UCGACCACGGCCUUCAAGGACAGAAAUCUCAUAGCUGUCAUAGGGGAUGAGGACUCGAUAACGGGACUGCUUCUUGCAGGCAUCGGCCACAUCAACGAGCACCAGAGGAAGAACUUCCUCGUUGUAGACUCUAAAACACAAAUAUCCGCAAUCGAAGCUGCGUUCCAGGAGUUUACCCAACGGAAGGACAUCGCAAUCAUCCUCAUUAACCAGCAUAUAGCAGAGAAGAUACGACCGACAGUGGACCGCUAUCAAGAAGCAUUCCCUACGUUGCUCGAGAUACCUUCCAAGGACCAUCCAUACGACCCUUCAAAAGAUUCUGUAUUGAAACGCGUCCAGAAGCUUUUCGGCGAGUAG